AUGUUGACCACUGCAGCUCUUAUUCUCACUGUCACCAGUAAAGUUGUCCUAGGACAGGAUUACAGACAGGCUGUUAUAUCCCAAGCACCAAUAUAUUCAUUAAAUAUGUCUGAGAGUUCAGUUGAUGACUGGUAUGAUGGUUGUACAGAGACGAUGGCAAACCUGGUGGAGACAAAAUAUCUAUCUGAAGAAAUCACUGCUAACAUAUCAGGCUUUGGAACUGCUUGGAAGACCAGUGAAGGAGAAAUCCCUGAACCAAAAGAAAACUUAAAUAGAAACCAUUUAAUUGCCAUUUCCGUGUACACUGGUCGUACCGUAUAUAAUCAAUUUAAUCAGGAUGUAAGGAGUGGUAAACUAAAAUACAAAAACACGAAAUACGCAUGGUAUUCACUUCACUUUUUGUUGACAGAAGCGAUACAGAUAUUAAAGAAAACACAAGAGAAAUGUAUAUUAACUUAUCGUCGUACCAAUGUUACGUUUAAUGAGACUGUUCUGUACAAAGAGAUUCGUUUUGGCUCAUUUGCGUCCUCCUCUCUUGAUCAAGAAGCAGCAAAGAUAUUUGGAAGUGAAUUUUGUUUUGAAAUCAAGACUUGUCAUGGCGCUGAUGUGGCAAAAUACUCCCUGUAUCCUCAUGAGAGAGAAGUGCUGAUUCCUCCAUAUGAAAAGUUUAAAGUGACUGAAAUCAAGAAGGAUGACUGGUGUAAGACUGUGUUUGUGUUGAAAAGCUUUGGAAUAAGAAGUGACUUAAACUGUGCAGUUGCAUCAGCCGGGUCCCAAAUAUAUAUCACAGAUGUCUGUUGCUGUGGCUGA